UAUCUUUCGGUAAGUUCUCCGGGCUCUCUGCCGAUUGAUCUUGUGACAGCGACGGUAGUGCCUCCGGAUGGUGAGCGUGGAUGCAGCGCAGGCAUGGAGAAUCCUUCGGCCUCCCCGGAUCUUCCAGCACCAGCCCUCAGCAGUGGGAGCAGCACAAGCCCGACCACAACAACCUCCGGCGGGGAGAGUAGUAGUGUCUCGAGCCCCGGUUCAGGAGGCACGAGCCCCGGCGACGGCAGUAGCGGGAUCGGUGGAGCUUUCAGGGAUCUAUUUGAGGCCUGUCGGAAUGGAGAUGUAUCCCGUGUGAAGAGACUUGUAGACUCGGUGAAUGUGAAUGCGAAGGACAUGGCCGGGCGAAAAUCUACCCCUCUGCAUUUCGCUGCAGGUUAGCUAAGUGAUAGCAAGCUUUGUUUUUGUUGUCAGCUCGAGCUGGAUCGUAGAGGUGUUUUCGCACAUCUCCUUGUGCGUGUUAAAAGACCACAAUACUGUGGCUGUCACGACGGGAAUGGCUAACGUUAGUUAGUUAUUAGCUAUCUAUGCAUGUUCAUAUUUUUAUUCGCUAACGUUAACUAGCUUGCUAGUUUGCCAAGACCAAGGCCCAUCGAAAACGGCUAGCUAGCUAUAAUGCUAAAAACAGUUUGGCAGUCAGACUGAUGGGGACAGAAGGCCUCAAAUCGAACUCAUCCCUCGUAGUUGCUAACUACUUACUAAGUGUAAACAAAAAUGCACAGAUGUGUUGUUUUAAGGGUGUUAGUACAUUUAUUCCUUGGCGACCCCCAGUGUUUUAACUUGUUUUGUUCCAACCCAGCACUAACACACCCCUGUUCAGCAAAGCAAUGGUUGGUUACCAGCUGAUUUGUGGAAUCCGGUCUGUUAGUGCAGGGCUGGAAAAAAAUAUGUGCACACCCUGUUUUGACAUUCUAGAGGACCUGCAAAGAAAGUAGUUUGUUUUUGAUAUUGUGGUCUGUUUUCUGGGUGAUAUUUUUAUUUCUUAGAAGAGACAUUACAUUACCAUUUAGGCAAAAGGUCACCCCGUCCUAUACAUUUUAAAUGUUAGUCAUUUAGCAGACGCUCUUAUCCAGAGCAACUUACAGGAGCAAUUAGGGUUAAGUGCCUUGCUGAAGGGCACAUCUACAGAUUUUUCACCUAGUCAGCUCGGGGAUUCUAAACAGCAAUUUCUUAUUGUUGUGAUUUUCGUGAAGGAACCUGCAAGUAAGCAUUUAGUUGGAUGUGUAUACCAUGUGUAUCCUUUACAUACGACUAAUGAAACUUGAAACUUGUAUGCACUGACCAUGUUUUAUCUGUUGCCUUGUCAGGUUUUGGACGAAAGGAUGUGGUUGAGCACCUCUUACAGACUGGAGCUAAUGUGCACGCCAGAGACGACGGUGGUCUCAUCCCCCUGCACAACGCCUGCUCCUUUGGCCACGCCGAGGUGGUCAGUCUGCUCCUGUGCCAAGGUGCAGACCCCAACGCACGGGACAACUGGAACUACACACCUUUGCAUGAGGCAGCCAUCAAGGGCAAGAUUGAUGUGUGCAUCGGUAAGGAUGGGUUACCAUGAUGAUGUUCUGUUCUGUUUUGUCUUUGAAUAUAAAGAGGGUGACAUGCACAUCCUAAACUUGAGAAUACCUGUGCUGUGCAAAACAAUUAUACUGGGAUAAAUGAAUGAGAGGUCCACACAUGGAAUAUUGCUGCUCCCGGUGCUUUAUUCCUGCACCCAAAUAUACUAUUUUGUGUCUUUCAAUGCUGUUAAACCCUGGUAAUUUUGGAAAAGUUAUGUUGACUAUAUUGAAUGUAAGUAAUCUACAAGGGUACUUAGGUGCAUGACUAUAGUUCAGUAACAGUACUGUAAACUCUGAAAGGUAUAAGACUAUAAUUUAAUUAAGGGUAGUGGGUUCGAUCCCCGGGACCACCCAUACGUAAAAAUGUAUGCACACAUGAUUGUAAGUCGCUUUGGAUAAAAGCGUCUGCUAAAUGGCUUAUUAUUAUUAUUAUUAUUAUUUAAUUAAAAUAUUGAAACUGUUUCCUGUUUCCUUCACAAAGUGCUCCUCCAGCAUGGCGCUGAUCCCAACAUCCGUAAUACGGACGGCAAGUCUGCCCUGGAUCUGGCAGACCCCUCGGCCAAGGCUGUGCUCACCGGUGAGUUUCAUACAACUAUCCCCUUUCAGCCAGUUCUCUCCCCCAUUAUAUUGGGUAGGUUCCAGGUAGUCUUUGUGUUUUAACAUGACUGCAACUUUAAUGACCUGGACUGUAACCUUUAUCUGAUUCAUGGCUUGUCUUGACUUUGUGCUGUUCUAACCUGAUAUUUUGUAUUCAGGUGAGUACAAGAAGGAUGAACUCCUGGAAGCAGCAAGGUCAGUUUUAUCUUUGUUACCUACCACAUCUUUACACAUUUUAUAAUACAACAUAUGUAAUGUCUCUCCUCUGUUAUCUGUGUGCUACAGGAGUGGCAACGAGGAGAAACUGAUGGCACUACUGACCCCAUUAAAUGUCAACUGCCAUGCCAGUGAUGGCCGCAAGGUAAAAUAUCACCAUCUCAACCUUACAUCCCCACACUUUAUAUUAAUGUUGUAUAAUAUUGUAGAAGAUGCUUGAUUUGUUCAUAAGAUUUGCGUGACCAACAGCAACAAAAGUAUGGAGAGAAACUCUGUCAGCCGACUUACCAAAACAAAAGUCACUGUUGUGUGGGGAUUAAAAACACCAUCUCAUCCUAGUCUGAUUAUUUUAAGGAGCACAAUAUGAAAAGGAUUUGUCAUUGGAUUGGAUUUAAGCAGGGGAGGCUUUAACUUGACUCAAUUUAUGUGCCUGAGCCAUAUCCUAUAUUCUGUACUGACUUAAAGGGAUACUUUGGGAUUUUGGCAAUGAAGCUAUUUAUCUAUUUCCCCAGAGUCAUAUGAACUCAUGGAUAGAAAAAUGUAUGUCUCUGCAUCCAGUAUGAAGGAAGUUAGAUGUAGUUUUGCGAGCAAAUGCUAACUAACGUUAGCGCUAUGACUGGAAGUCUAUGGUAAAGAUUUGUAUAACUAAACCAAGAUAGACCACAGCCUGUCGUUUCCAAUGGGAACAAAUUAGUCAUAGUGGGCAGAACAAGCAAGGAGGUGGUCAGAGCCAAGCAAGAGCUAGCGAGAUCCUACUGGCCCGUUCUAGCAAACAUCUGCAUAUUUCCGUUAGGGAACGCCUACUCAGUGAAGUGCACUUAUGCAAUAACUCAAUUCACCUUUGCAUUCCUUAUAAACAACGCAAUAAAAAACAAAUACUUUGGUAAAGGGUAAAGUCUACAAAACUUAGUCCACUCUGUUCAUAACAGAUUCUAGUUUUGGGAACAGAAAACUCUAUUGAGAUCAAAUGUUUCAUCAAUGAGACAAUUUGCUAAAUGUCGGCCAAACUCCAUCUUCCACUGCUGACCACUGGGCUUCCUCUCACUACCAUAUUUGGUAGUGAGUGGAAACGCCAAGCGGAUGCUUCAUAUUUAUACAACUGGUGAAAUAUCUGUCUCAUUGUUCUAUCUGUGUCUAUGGUAUCUAGUAGCAUGCUAGCAGUUACCGUAGACCAAAAAAACACUAGUUACCAAUUGCGCUAACGCUAGUUAGCAACUUCCUUCAAACUGCACACAGAGACAUAAAAAUGGUAUCCACGUGUUCAUCUGACUCUGGAUGAGAAGAUAAAUGGCUGAAGCAUCCCUUUAAUGGUUAUCUAUCAACAUUAAUUUCUCUGAUCUUUGACCAUCUUUCUAAAUAUUUUUAGCUCCUGUGAUUGGAGUCGAAAUGUCAUCCGUUUCAUAGUAUAUAAACAUAUGUUACCCUGUUCAACCAUCCCCUGUGUGUAGAAAUGAUAAGUAAAACAUUUUUUGCAGUGGUUAAGACUACGUACGGCUCUUAUCUUUUGUUUCUACACCUUCAAAUAUUUUUGGCGGGGAGGGAUUUUGGUAGGAAAUAUUUUAUUUUGGUCCCUCAGUUACCCCUAACCCUAGAAACACAGCCAAUAUUAGCUAUAACCAAGUUGUCCCUAUAUCCAUAGAAUUGUCCUAAUUCCUAAGAAAACGAUAUGUUAUCUUGAGCGCUAUUUGAAUAUAAUAACUCUAAGCUUUCAGCUCUUUUAUGUACAGUGAGGGGAAAAAAGUAUUUGAUCCCCUGCUGAUUUUGUACGUUUGCCCACUGACAAAGACAUGAUCAGUCUAUAAUUUUAAUGGUAUGCUUGUUUGAACAGUGAGAGACAGAAUAACAACAACAAAAUCCAGAAAAACGCAUGUCAAAAAUGUUAUUAAUUUAUUUGCAUUUUAAUGAGGGAAAUAAGUAUUUGACCCCUCUGCAAAACAUGACUUAGUACUUGGUGGCAAAACCCUUGUUGGCAAUCACAGAGGUCAGACGUUUUUUUGUAGUUGGCCACCAGGUUUGCACACAUCUCAGGAGGGAUUUUGUCCCACUCCUCUUUGCAGAUCUUCUCCAAGUCAUUAAGGUUUCGAGGCCGACGUUUGGCAACUCGAACCUUCAGCUCCCUCCACAGAUUUUCUAUGGGAUUAAGGUCUGGAGACUGGCUAGGCCACUCCAGGACCUUAAUGUGCUUCUUCUUGAGCCACUCCUUUGUUCCCUUGGCCGUGUGUUUUGGGUCAUUGUCAUGCUGGAAUACCCAUCCACGACCCAUUUUCAAUGCCCUGGCUGAGAGAAGGAGGUUCUCACCCAAGAUUUGACGGUACAUGGCCCCGUCCAUCGUCCCUUUGAUGCGGUGAAGUUGUCCUGUCCCCUUAGCAGAAAAAAAACCCCCAAAGCAUAAUGUUUCCAGCUCCAUGUUUGACGGUGGGGAUGGUGUUCUUGGGGUCAUAGGCAGCAUUCCUCCUCCUCCAAACACGGCGAGUUGAGUUGAUGCCAAAGAGCUCGAUUUUGGUCUCAUCUGACCAGAACACUUUCACUCAGUUCUCUGAAUCAUUCAGAUGUUCAUUGGCAAACUUCAGACGGCCCUGUAUAUGUGCUUUCUUGAGCAGGGGGACCUUGCGGGCGCUGCAGGAUUUCAGUCCUUCACUGCGUAGUGUGUUACCAAUUGUUUUCUUGGUGACUAUGGUCCCAGCUGCCUUGAGAUCAUUGACAAGAUCCACCCGUGUAGUUCUGGGCUGAUUCCUCACCGUUCUCAUGAUCAUUGCAACUCCUCGAGGUGAGAUCUUGCAUGGAGCCCCAGGCCGAGGGAGAUUGACAGUUCUUUUGUGUUUCUUCCAUUUGCGAAUAAUCGCACCAACUGUUGUCACGUUCUCACCAAGCUGCUUGGCGAUGGUCUUGUAGCCCAUUCCAGCCUUGUGUAGGUCUACAAUCUUGUCCCUGACAUCCUUGGAUAGCUCUUUGGUCUUGGCCAUGGUGGAGAGUUUGGAAUCUGAUUGAUUGAUUGCUUCUGUGGACAGGUGUCUUUUAUACAGGUAACAAACUGAGAUUAGGAGCACUCCCUUUAAGAGUGUGCUCCUAAUCUCAGCUCGUUACCUAUAUAAAAGACACCUGGGAGCCAGAAAUCUUUCUGAUUGAGAGGGGGUCAAAUACUUAUUUCCUUCAUUAAAAUGCAAAUCAAUUUAUAACAUUUUUGACAUGCGUUUUUCUGGAUUUUUUUGCUGUUAUUCUGUCUCUCACAGUUCAAAUAACCCUACCAUUAAAAUUAUAGACUGAUCAUGUCUUUGUCAGUGGGCAAACGUACAAAAUCAGCAGGGGAUCAAAUACUUUUUUCCCUCACUGUAGGCCUAAUAAUAUGUUUAAUAUUAGGUAAUGUUUAACCACGUCCAUUCAUAUUCUAUCAUGUAGUGUAUAUGUUAUGGACAUUUCAUUUUAGAUUAAUGCAUUGUGCCUCCUUUAGCACACUGUGUCACUGUCAUUGACUUGCUGUCAUGACUCAUGAGGGCUUUGUUGCGAUACUGUAGAUGGGGUGGUUGUUUAGGAUUUUUAAAAUCUUUGCGUUGUUGUUUUUAGCUGUUGAUGCGUGAGUGUUUGGAUCAAAGAGCAUUGUGCUUCCCCAGAUCACUCCUCUCUGUCUACUCAUGGCAUCAUGACUAGACAAUUAACUUCAGUCUGAGGAAAGUGUCUAUUUGAAAAGUCAGAAGGCUCUACUUUGCAUUGGUAUUUGUGGAGUAGGACUGGGUUGUUUUUGAUGAUUUUUGUUUACCCCUUUUCUUGUUUGGCACCAGUUUAAUUAUUCAGUUUUUCACCCCCAGUGCAUUCUCAUGAAUAGGGAAGUCCUCGCCAAAAAGCUAGCAUCCAUCUCCUAGUUGGCAAGAAACCAUAUCUUGGUCUCCUUUUCUUAAUUAUGAAUAAUGCGUACUCUAGAGACUAUUGGCUAGGAUGAGCAGUAUUUUUCUGCCAUCAUAAUUCACUCUGGCUAACCAGGUCCCUAAAGUGGAUAAAUAAAAAUCCUAAUCAAUAUUCUUUGAUAUAGGUUUUCCAAUUACACUACCUUGUUCUCAACUGACAUUUAGGAAAUCCUCAUACAUUUCUUCUAAUCAUAACAGCUUUUCCUCCAUAUCUGAUUUGUUGGUGGAACAUAUUUGGAUUUAUAUGACUGGGCCGUUUGUCCAGACUCUUGGGCACACUGUGGUGACAGCAAAGCACUCACUCCCUGCACCUCAGUGUGUGCCUCUGCCAGUCUGAGGACUUGUGGGUGUAGGAUAAACACUGGGGCUUUUCCUUAGGGGAUAACCAGGGAGCCUGCCUACCUUAUUAAGAAUACUACAGAGCAACCGUGAGGGAAGUCACAUUUCCCUAAAGCUCUGUACUCAUUGUACCUGGUGUUACUUUGAAUUUAUAUAAAGUGAUAAUUCUGGUGUGUUUCUCAUUUACUUUAAAAGGGUAAUAGGCUAGAAGUAUCUUCUCUUACUGUGAAAGAAAAAUGCUAAAAUGUUGUACUUUUUUGUUUUGUUUUUUGUGUGACUCUGGCAACAUUGUCGAUCAGUCAACAUCCCAAAAAAUGCUGGUAAGUUUAUCUCGAUAACAACCACCUGAUUGUUGCACUGUUGUGAUUUAAUUUUUUCUUUAAUCCAUGUUUUAUUUGACCAAUACACUGGCUCUCACUCGUAAUUGCACAUCAUGGACCUGGGUCUACUGGUCACUUUCAUAUUUCCCACCCCAAUGCACCUGUGUGUGGAUGUGUGUGUGCCAGACCUGGGUUUAAAUACGAUUUGUUGUCUUUCAAAUACUUUAGCUGUGCGUGAUUGAGCUUGUCUGGUGCAAUAGAAAUGAUGGAAUAGGACUAGUCCCUAAGGUGUAAACUACGCCCAUCUGACACGCCAGGCAGGCUCAAAUCACAUUUUGAAAGUAUUUGAAAGAAAUCAGAUGGUGCUACUAUUUGAACCCAGGUGUGGUGUGUGUGUGUUAGUGCGUGUGGUGGCGGUCGGUUGGUGGUUCUAAGGCCACGGCCCGCUCUGCUCGUUGGAUUUGGAAAGGAGCAAAAAAAUUCCACAUUGCCUGCUUUUCCAUAGUGCUCCCGUCCCCUUUCUGCACCCCUCUAUCCAACUGCUUUACACCCUUUCACCUCUGCCAAGUUUCAAUCUUGCUCUUCAAUCAUUAUAUUUGUUGUAGUCCUGUGACUUUUCUUUUUUGAUAAUCAUAUGCGCAUGUCUGGAAGCCUGCACCUGCAUUAUGUCAAUCGGUUCUUGUACUGUACGUGUUUGUGAUUUGGUCACUGUCCACUUCUCACUUCUUCUAGUCUUGAAUGGGUCAUAUUCCUUAGUUAAAAACAAAACAAGUGCUUUUUGUAUUAAUGGAUUUCUUUCCUUGUGAUUGCCUUCAUCAAACACUGAAUGAUCCUAUUAUUAGCCAGGGCCCAGUUUCCCAAAAUAACUUAAGACCUGUCAUUGCUUUUGGGAAACCGGGCCCUGAUUGAUUUGGUUAAUCUGUCGUGUUCUAGUGAUUCAGUGAUCAUCCUCACAUUGUCUGAGUUGUGCAGUGGUCAGAUUUUGUCUUAAUACCAGUGCAUGAAUGCUACUGUUUCUUCCUCUCUGUCUGUGAGGUAAACUGUUGGUAGACUCAUGGGUGGAUAACCAUUAUCUAUUACACAGCUUUGCGUACACCAACAUUGUAAUGCUUGGCUCACAUAGGCAUCAUGUGAUUUGGAAUGGCCAUACAGGCAUACAAAACAUUUUUUAAAUGAAAAACCAGUAGAUUCAAGCCUUCUUUAGCCAGCCUUUUAGAAACCUGUAUAUUAUGUUUUGGAAGUGGUGUAGUUGAGGGACAAACUCAGUUUUGACUAGCUCACUGUUUAAAUUUCACAUUCAUUUGAUGUAUGUUGGAAGUCAGAUUUCCCUUUUGUCCUUCAUUUUCAGAGGUGAGCUAGCGUCAGUGUGUGACCCAAGAAGUAUAUUUUUAAGAUGCAUGAUCUGAGAGUUCUGUCAGACUUGCAUAGAUAGGGCAGUUGUUAGUGCUAAGCGAUUAACCACAUAUACUUUUUUUUGGGGGGGUGGUGGGUAUUAAACAACUAAUUGACCAUCUGUUAAAUUCCUUGAAUUCCAUUUAGUUACGUUUUUUCUGUGAGCCCAACGCGCCAUUUCUCUAGAGAAAUCAAUAAUUUACUAAAUAAAUAAAUCAAGUCAAGAACUGUGGGACGCUGGGCUGAAGGGAGUUGUAGUUUUCAUUAAGCAAAUAUUCAACCUAGUUCAGCUCAGGAACCAUAACCCAUUGCGCCUGUUCUUUCCAGUUUGGACAGAGAUGGAUACACUUCUAUGCCUGCUACGUUAGGUUAGAUACACACAGACCGCAUGAGGGAGGAAAGAACACAACGAUAGAGGGAUAGAAACAGUUCAUGAAAGUAUGCCUUAUCUAGAACUAAUAAAACAAUUUUGUCAGACAGCUCUGCAGCAUACUUAGGCAGGCUAGCCUAGCUAAAUAGGAUGACUAAAGACAGUACGGUAUGGAGAACACUGUGAUAACGUUGUCUGGCUGCUACUGCCUGAGCAGAGAUUAUGACUUUGUAAGGAAUUAAAAAUAAAGUAAUCAAAUAAAAACUAAGUAACAAACUCAACUGAAAUAUUUUAUUAUUUCAUAGUAAUGUCCUAUUGAUGUAUACCCAUAGUGAACCUGAGAGCAACAAUGGAAUAUUUUCAAUGUUUUGGCAGUUGAAUGUUCCCUAUUUCCAUUAAAAAGCUCUAAAAAUCAUUUUAAUGUCAUUAUUUCAUAAUUCAUUUAAUGUAAAAAAUAAUAAUCUAAACUAAAAUCGAAAAACGUUUUAUUUUUAUAAACCUGAACCAACUUCAAAAAGCACUAGUUGUUGUUUUGGGGGUGGACUACAACCUUUCUGAGCUUGCAUCCUUCCACCAUUUAACUUGACUGCAAUGAAAACUCACAGACCACCUGGUGUAUACAGUUUGCUUCCAAGCAUAAUCAGUCAUUCACUCACUCUGGCUCCCUAAAGGCAGUGUGUUCUGAGGUGCAUUGACUCUGGGCUCUGUGUGUCUAAUAACAUGUCCUCUUUUCCAGUCCACCCCACUGCACCUGGCGGCUGGCUACAACCGCGUACGCAUCGUCCAGCUACUGCUGCAGCACGGUGCAGACGUCCAUGCCAAGGACAAAGGGUAAGACCACUCUGAAAUAGACUGCAUCCCAAAAAGACCUUACUGGUUAAAAGUAGUGCACUAUAUUGGAAAUAAGGAGCCAUUUGGGAAGCAGGCAAAAACCUUUGUUGUAUUUAUACAGCGGAAGCACCCCGCUGUUUCCUCGUCUAAGACCAUUCUCAGACAUUUUCACAGCUGAGAAAGUCAACCACAUAGUCAUAGAGUGAUAUAAUAUGUUCAUUGUAGUACUUGAAAUGAAUGAUUAUUCAAUUAAAUGGCGGUAUAUUUUUGUCAUACAGUGGCCUGGUCCCUCUUCACAAUGCCUGCUCCUAUGGACACUUUGAGGUCACAGAGCUUCUUCUCAAGGUAAGGGUUCUAUAUACCUGUCAUUGAUGCCCCACUUUAAUUUGACUUUUAGAAUGUUGAAUGCUUUUAUUGAUAGAAUAACUGAUUAACUCGUCUGUGUGUUUACAGCAUGGAGCAUGUGUAAAUGCCAUGGACCUGUGGCAGUUCACCCCUCUCCACGAGGCUGCAUCUAAGAACCGUGUGGAGGUGUGUUCUCUGUUGCUGAGCCACGGUGCCGACCCCAACCUGCUCAACUGCCACAGCAAGAGCGCCGUGGACAUGGCCCCCACCCCCGAACUUAAAGAGCGGCUCACCUGUGAGUUCUGUUGGUAGACAUGCAUACACACACACCCCAUAUACAUGAUAACAAAGAAAGAAAGCAUACUUAUAUACACACAUGCAUCACUCCCUAUUCACAAAGACUACAGACAGGACACAACACACUCUCACACGCGCUGCCUUCUAAACUGAAGGGAAUGCCUGCCUGAGCACUCAGAUCUUCUCAGAUUGAUGUUGUCAAUAUCCUCUUUCUGCCAUCCAGAUGAGUUUAAAGGUCAUUCGCUGCUCCAGGCAGCUCGGGAGGCAGACAUGGCCAAGGUGAAGAAGACCCUGGCUCUGGAGAUCAUCAGCUUCAAACACCCACAGACCAAUGAGACAGCCCUGGUGAGAUCCCUUCUCCUUCUGGCUAAUGCUCAAUGUCACAGUGCUGACACCUAACAUUAUCUCAUAAUAUACAGCUAUGAAUGUGUCACAAAUGGCAAACUAUUCCCUAUAUAGUGGACUACUUUUGAAAAGUGGUGCGCUAUAAAUGGGCCGUGGUCAAAAGUAGUGCACUAUAUAGAGAACACGGGUGCCAUAAUAUUAUGUCUAUCAGAACGUGUUUGUGUGACAUGCAUAACCUAGGUUGACCACUAUAAAACGAGUACAAAACCUGAGAUGAAUUUUACAUAAAGCAUGUGAUGGACAGUGAUUAAUGGAAGGUGUUGUCCCUCUGUUUCAGCACUGUGCCGUUGCUUCCCCUCACCCCAAACGGAAGCAGGUGACCGAACUGCUGCUGCGUAAAGGUGCCAACGUCAACGAGAAGAACAAAGAGUAAGACCAUUAAAACUCUGAGACCAUGUAUCAGUGUUUCCCCUACCACUGUAUAAGAAUAGUUUGGUACCUAUUGGUUUCAAUUGAGAAUGUUGGGGUUUUUGGGACCUUUGCAUGCAGUCUGGAAACACUGUCAUAUGCAUUCAUAUAGCCCCUGAGUGAGGCACUAAUGGUUGUCUUUGUCUCUCUCUCUCGUCCUGUCUGUAGCUUCAUGACGACCCUACAUGUAGCGGCUGAGAGAGCACACAACGACAUCCUGGAGGUGCUGCAGAAACAUGGAGCCAAGGUACACACUACAGGGUCUCACUAAUACCAUAUCAUUUAAUGUACCUUUUCAUCUAUCUCUUUUCUCUCCUUUCUCUCUCACUUGCUCUCAGCCUCUAUUUGAUAAUGUAACUCAAAAUAUUUCAUGAAAUAAAUGUAUCACAUUGAGCUGUGAGUAUGUUGCUGUUUGCGUGACUGACUCUUCCCUCUGUCCUUCUCCGUCUCCCUCCCUCCCUCCAGGUAAAUGCGGUGGACACCCUGGGGCAAACUGCCCUCCACAGGGCAGCCCUGGCGGGCCACAUCCAGACGUGCAGGCUGCUGCUGAGCUACGGGGCCGACCCGGCCAUCGUCUCCCUGCAGGGCUUCACUGCGGCACAGAUGGGGAACGAGGCCGUGCAGCAGAUCCUCAAUGGUACAGUAGUAGAGCGUCUUGGUUAAAUACAAAGAUUAUCUUUUAUAUUCUUCUAUCUACAUUGUGAUUGACAAUGUUGCUUGUGUGGAUGUAAGAUGCAUGGCCUUAAAAUCUAGGCUAUGCUCAUCAAUGUUGGAAAGUUAGCAGGAUGUAUAACAGAGAAACUAUCGAUUAUGUUGCCCAUACGUCUUACACAGUGUUUUUUAAUGUCUCGGUAUGUGUUAUUUAACAAUGUUGUUGGUCCCUUUCCUACAGAAAAUAUUCCAACUCGUAACUCUGAUGUGGACUACCGGUUUCUGGAAGCCGCUAAGGCUGGAGAUUUGGACACUGUGCAGGUAACCUGAUCAGCUACAUCGUCUCAGGUUCAUGAAUUCAAUCACGUUAUAUGCGUCAACCAUGCUCUACAUACCACCAUGAAUCCAAAAUGUCUCCCUCAGCCCUCUCUCACUCCUGAUCUUCUGUCUAUGUUGUCUUGUCUGUGUGUUGUAGCAACUCUGCACUCCUCAGAACGUGAACUGUCGGGACCUGGAGGGUCGUCACUCUACCCCUCUGCACUUUGCUGCAGGCUACAACCGUGUGGCCGUGGUGGAGUACCUGCUACAUCAUGGAGCUGACGUACAUGCUAAAGACAAAGGGUACGUGUCGUCCUCCUAUGACACUCUAGGAGGACAAGGUAGCCUAGGGGGUAAAGCGUUGGGAGAGUAACUGAAAGAUUGCUGGUUCGGAACCCCGAGCCGGCAAUAAAAUUUUUUAAUAAAAUUGCUCCUGUAAGUCACUCUGGAUAAGAGCGUCUGCUAAAUGAUUAAAAUGUUAAUCUACUACCUCGGUCUGUCCCUACUGUUUUUGACGAGACUGCUGCUUUUGCAUCAGAUAGUCAGUAAAAAGGCUUUAAUUCUGUAUUGAAUAAAACUUUAUCAUUGGAUUUUAUUUUGCAUUAAAUACACACAGUACUUGAAACCUUCAGUGAUAGAAAUACAUAAUUUGUAGGAUAUCUUCCUUCAGUGGUGUAAUUAGUCGUCUUCUGUCUGUCCUGCAGUGGUCUGGUGCCCCUCCACAAUGCCUGCUCCUACGGUCACUAUGAGGUGGCUGAGCUGCUGGUGAGACACGGGGCAUCGGUGAACGUAGCUGACCUCUGGAAGUUCACCCCUCUCCACGAGGCUGCCGCCAAGGGCAAAUACGAGAUCUGCAAACUGCUGCUCAAGGUUAGUCUUCCUGUGCCUUUCGUAUCAACUCUUCUGAAAUGAUCAGGUCUAAAUGGCAUGAGGCUACAAGGAGGCAUUUGUAUAGUCAAAACAGGGAAAGUAUGUAUAGCAAUAAGAGAUUUUCAACGACAGAACAAACUAUUUAACUAAGAGAUUUUUGUAUGUAUACUGAACAAAAAUAUUAACACAACAAGUGUUGGUCCCAUGUUUCAUGAGCUGAAAUAAAAGAUCCCAGAAAUGUUCCAUGUGCACAAAAAGUUUAUUUUGCUAAAAUGUUUUGUACAAAUUUGAUUACAUCACUGUUAGUGAUGAUUUCUCCUUUGUCAAGAUAAUCCAUCCAGCUGACAGGUGUAGCAUAUCAAGAAGGUGAUUAAACAGCAUGACCAUUACACAGGUGUACCUUGUGCUGGGGACAAUAAAGGGCCACUCUGAAAUGUGCAGUUUUGUCACACAACACAAUGCCACAGAUGUCUCAAGUUUUUUGACUGCAGUUCGGCGUCGUAACUGACUUCAGUGGGCAAAUGCUCACCUUCGAUGGCCACUGGCAUGCUGGAGAAAUGUGCUCUUCACGAAUUAAUCCCAGUUUCAACUGUACCAGGCAGAUGACAGACAGCAUGUAUGGCAUCGUGUGGACGAGCUGAUUGUUGUGAACAAUGUGCACCAUGGUGGGGUUAUGGUAUGGGCAGGCAUAAGCUACGGACAACAAAUAAUUGCAUUUUAUCGAUUGGCAAUUUGAAUGCACAGAGAUCCCGUGACAAGGUCCAGAGGCCCAUUCCAGGUCGUGCCAUUCAUCCGCUGCCAUCACCUCAUGUUUCAUGAUGACAAUGCACCAUGUUGCAAGGAUCUGUACACAAUUCCUGGAAGCUGAAAAUAUCCCAGUUCUUCCAUGGCCUGCAUACUCACCAGACAUGUCACCCAUUGAGCAUGUUUGGGAUGCUCUGGAUCGACGUAUGACAGCGUGUUCCAGUUCCAGACCUCUUCACACAGUCAUUGAAGAGGAGUGGGACAACAUUCCACAGGCCACUAUCAACUGCCUGAUCAACUGUAUGCAAAGGAGAUGUGUCGCGCUGCAUGAGGCAAAUGGUGGUCACACCAAAUACUGACUGGUUUUCUCAUCCACGCCCCUACCUUUUUUAAGGUAUCUGUGACCAACAGAUGCAUAUCUGUAUUCCCAGUCAUGUGAAAUCCAUAGGUUAGGGCCUAAUUAAUUUAUUUCAGUUGACUGAUUUCCUUAUAUGAACUGUAACUCAGUAAAAUCUUUGAUAUUGUUGCAUGUUGCAUUUAUAUUUUUGUUCAGUGUAUAUUUAUGAUGAUGAUUAUGUUUCUCCAGCAUGGAGCGGACCCCACCAAGAAGAACCGUGAUGGUAACAUGCCUCUGGACAUGGUGAAGGAUGGAGACACGGACAUCCAGGACCUGCUGAGAGGAGACGCUGCCCUGCUGGACGCUGCUAAGAAGGGCUGUCUGGCCCGAGUCCAGAAACUCUGCAGCCCAGAGAACAUCAACUGUAGAGACACACAGGGACGUAACUCCACCCCCCUGCACCUCGCAGGUACUGGACAUACCGGCCUUCAAAAUCAAUUCAUGGAAUCAAUCAAAUCAAAGCACUUUUUACAUUAGCAAUUGUCACAAAGUGCUUUACAGUUACCCAGCCUAAACCCCUAAUAGCAAGCAAAGCAGUGGAAUCAAUUCAUUUAAUAGCAAAUGUGGAACCUAUAAACAGACCUUUACCACUCCCAAACAGAAGUUUAUCCCCUUACAUAAAAUGAUGACAGGCAGAUCAUCAAACCCUGGGAAUUUAGAUCAUUUGGAGCUGUAUUAUUUAUUUGACACACAUUACACAAAUAUCUUUCAUUAAUGUUUUUUGUAAGGUAGACUGUCAUGUUGUUUCAUGUUGUCAUCUGUCAUGUUUCCCGCCUCUGUAGCUGGCUACAACAACCUGGAGGUGGCGGAGUAUCUCCUGGAGCACGGGGCUGACGUCAAUGCACAGGACAAAGGAGGCCUCAUCCCCCUGCACAACGCUGCCUCCUAUGGGGUGAGUCCGCACCAAGACUAUGUCAGGCCUUGGAAACCAUUGUACAUGCUGUACGGUUUGACAUAAGGUUUUAUAGCAUAGACAAUGCAUAUAAAACACCUACCCUUUGACCUUUUGGCCUAAAAUAUGUAACAGCUUGGAGGAUUUCUUAGAAGCUAUUGUAUGCAUUGUUUAGGUUACAAAACCUAAUGGAAAACCAUACAGUACAGGACAAAACACCCACACUGUGAUGAAAGUGACCUUGUGGAAAGCUUAGAUAUGUAACAGCUUGGAUGUCAUCAGUUUUGGGGCAUGUCAUGAUUUAUAUUGUGUUGCUGAUCUCUCCUCUCGUGUCUCUCCUCAUCUGCUACUUCUAUCCUCUCCUCUGCUCCUCUCCUGUCUUUCCUCUUUCUCUCCUACAGCAUGUGGACAUUGCUGCCCUCCUGAUAAAGUUCAGUACAUGUGUGAACGCUACAGAUAAGUGGGCCUUCACCCCCCUCCACGAAGCAGCUCAGAAGGGCCGUACCCAGCUGUGUGCUCUGCUGCCUGGCCCACGGAGCGGAACCCCCCCCCAUGAAGAACCAGGAGGACAGACUGACGCUGGAACCUGGCCUAAGGUAACACUUUCUUGCUCUCCUACUGUUAGAGCAGUUAGCAAUGCCACCAAAUGAUGUUUUUUUUUGCUGUAAAUGGCUGGCAUUUGCUUGAAUUAUGAGUGCUUAAAAUGUUUCCCAUCUACAGUGCAUUCGGGUACCGUAUUUGGUCGAAUAUAGAGACCCUGAUAUGAGUUUGCAACAAAUUGAAAAACAGUUUGCGACUAGAUUGCGAACAAAGACUUCAUUCUUUUAAAAUAACUAAAAACAGAUUAAACAGGCAACUAUGUCAGGAUUCAAAUUAUAUCAAGCAAUAAUAACAACAUUUUUAAAUAACAGAGAAAAUACAGGCCACACAUUUAACUAAACUUAACAAAAAUUCGCCAAACUUCUCCUCCGAUGUCUCUCUAUCCCUCACACACGUCCUCUGCCCCGCUGUGUUCGCUCUCGCUGUCAUCGCUCCCCAGCUGCUCCGCUUCCACCGGCUCCUCCCAAAGCACGUCGUCCUCGCUGCCGUCCAAUGCAUUUGAGAUGCAACAUUUUUUAAAGCCAUCGAUGAUGCUCUGUGAGGGAAUAGCAUCCCAUGCAUGCAGGAUCCAUUCACACAGUAGACGGACUGACGGCUUCUGUAUUUUCCCGGUCGGUGUGAGUGCGUGGUUGCCAGACAGGAGCCACUCUGUGUAUUUUUUUCGCAGGUUAUCCUUGAAAGGCUUGUUCACAACUACGUCCAACACCUGUAGCUGGCUUGUCAUUCCCCCUGGUAUGAUCACAAGAUCCCCGUUCAUUGCUCGCACCUGACUUUUCACGGGCUCAGUCAGAUGUCCGCGGAACGCAUCCAGAACGAGCAUGUUCCUCCUCUUCCUCAGUCCCCCGUAGCGUGCGCCCCACACAACCUUUAGCCAGUCCACUACAAGCCCCGACUCCAUCCAGCCCUUCUCCUGGGCGCGCACAAUAAUGCCAGCUGGCAUUGGGUCCUUUGGCACAGUCUUACGCUUAAGAAUGACAUACGGGGGGAGUUUGCUGCCACCAGCGAGACAUGUCAACAUGACAGUGACGCGGCUCUUCUCGUUGCCCGUUGAUUUCACCAACACAGACUUUUCUCCCUUUCUAUUGACAGUCACCGAUGUUGGCAUGUCGAAAUAAACGGGUGUCUGAUCAGCAUUGCCGAUCUGAUCCAGCGGGUAGGAGUGCUUCUUCCUCAGGUUGAUAACAAAGCGCUGAAACGAAAGCAGCUUCUCUCCGAAGUCUGACGGCAGGCGUUGGGCCAAACUCGUUCUCCGUCUAAGUGACAGUCCAUUACGCCGCAUCAUCCUACGACACCAGCCGAGGCUGGCUUUAAAUCCAGUGAUGUUGAGCUCUCUGGCGAUUUCCAGGGCCUUAACCUGGAUGACAGCUCUGGUAAUGGGCAUUCCCUCACUUCUUUUUUCCCUGACAUAUUCAAAAACCCUCCGGUCAACCUCAAUGAAACGACCACUUUGAGGACCACGGAAGGAUUUUCGCUGACUGUUAGCAUCUUUUAGACGUUGUUUUUCUGCUCGCCAUCUUCUUACAUUACACUCAGUGACCCCGAAUGUCUUGGCAGCUUGGCAGUUGUUAGAUGACUCUGCCUUAUUGACAACCAUUAUUUUGAAAUUGGCAUCAUAGCUCCUCCGCUGUUGUUUAUUGACCUGGCCCACUUUUGAGCCACUUGUCUCUAAAUGGUCAGCCUGUCUUUCCAUCUUUAAACACCGGUAACGGGCUGGUUGUUAAGGACGCCUCUUCCCUCCGUCCGGAACGAAUUUUUGGCGCCAUCUGUGCCCGCGAAUGUGUAUUGACAUUUAAAGGGAGCGUUUUCACGUUAGAGCCUUAUUCUAAAAUGGAUUAAAUAAAUACAAAUCUUCAACAAUCUAUACACAAUACCCCAUAAUGAGAAAGCGAAAACAGGUUUUUAGAAAUGUGUGCAAAUGUAUUAGAAAUACAUUUGGAUUGUGUCGAGGCACAGAUCUGGGGAAGGGUACCAAAAAAUUUCUGCGGCAUUGAAGGACCCCAAGAACAUAGUGGCCUCCAUCAUUCUUAAAUGGAAGAAGUUUGGAACGACCAAGACUCUUCCUAGAGCUGGCCGCCCGGCCUAACUGAGCAAUCAGGGGAGAAGGGCCUUGGUUAGGGAGGUGACCAAGAACCUGAUGGUCACUCUGACAGAGUUCCUCUGUGGAGAUGGGAGAACCUUCCAGAAGUACAACCAUCUCUGCAGCACUCCACCCAUCAGGCCUUUAUGGUAGAGUGGCCAGACGAAAGCCACUCCUCAGUAAAAGGCACAUCACAGCCCGCUUGGAGUUUGCCAAAAGGCACCUAAAGACUCUCAGACCAUGAGAAACAAGAUUCUCUGGUCUGAUUAAACCAAUAUUGAACUCUUUGGCUUGAAUGCCAAGCAUCAUGUCUGAAGGAAACCUGGCACCAUCCCUACGGUGAAGCAUGGUGGUGGCAGCAUCAUGCUGUGGGGGAUGUUUUUCAGCGGCAGGGACUGGGAGACUAGUCAGGAUCGAGGGAAAGAUGAACGGAGCAAAGUACAGAGAGAUCCUUGAUGAAAACCUGCUCAGGACCUCAGACUGGGGCGAAGGUUCACCUUCCAACAGGACAACUACCCUAAGCACACAGCCAAGACAACGCAGGAGUGGCUUCGGGACAAGUCUCUGAAUGUUCUUGAGUGUGGCACAGCCAGAGCCCAGACUUGAACCUGAUCUCUGGAGAGACCUGAAAAUAGCUGUGCAGCGACGCUCCCCAUCCAACCUGACAGAGCUUGAGAGGAUCUGCAGAGAAGAAUGGGAGAAACUCCACAAAUACAGUUGUGCAAAGCUUGUAGCGUCAUAUCCAAGAAGACUCAAGUCUGUAAUCGCUGCCAAAGGUGCUUCAACAAAGUACUGAGUAAAGGGUCUGAAUACUUAUGUAAAUGUCAUAUUUCUGUUUUUUAUUUUUAAUACAUUUGCAAAAACAUCUGCAAACCUGUUUUUGCUUCGUCAUUAUGUGGAAUUGUGUGUAGAUUGUGGGAAAAACAACAACAAUUUAAUCAGUUUUAGAAUAUGGCUGUAACGUAACAAUGUGGAAAAAGUCAAGGGGUCUGAAUUCUUUCUGAAUGCCCUGUAUAUAUUUUGACACACUUUGAAAUUAGGGAUUUGGCCAUUACUGAAACAGCCUGAAAUUCUAACAUUUAGACCAACCAGUCGAGCCCCUUCUCACCCAUGACUUCUCCCUCUAAAUUAUGUCUUCCUCCUCCUCUCUUAGGCUGAUGACAUCCGUGCCCUGCUGAUGGAUGCCAUGCCCCCAGAUGCCCUGCCCAGCUGCUUCAAGCCCCAGGCCACGGUGGUCAGUGCCGGCUCAGUCAUCUCCCCAGCCUCCACGCCCUCCUGCCUGUCUGCAGCCAGCAGCAUCGACAACCUGGCCGGGCCCCUCAACGAGCUGGGGGCCGCAGGGACCUCCGGGGUGGCCGACGGGGCCACGGGAAUCGACAGGAAGGAGGGGGAAUGUGAGUAGAGAUAAAGAGCCUGGAUCAAAACUGAGCUGGGUUUUAGCAAGCAGCUGAUAUUCUACUAGUUUUGGUAGAAUAUGGUUGAAGUCUUAGUCAAUAAUUUUACUCUCAUGCUGAAUUUGCUCGUGUGGUGUUUGUAUUCCAGUGGCGAUAUUGGACAUGAACAUCGGUCAGUUCCUGAAGAGCUUGGGUCUGGAGCAUCUAAGGGAAAUCUUUGAGAGAGAACAGGUGAGUGUUCAUUGAUUGGGUUUCAUGUUAUUAUUUGUAAUUUAAUAGGGCAUCUAAUUAGUCUGACAUUUUAUCUGUCUUUACCCCUCUUGGAGUAUCUGUUCUCAUGUCACAGUUCAGGAUCCCUGCUCUGUACCAAAUGUCCUGUUUUCUCCCAGAUCUCUCUAGAUGUGCUGGCUGACAUGGGUCACGAGGAACUGAAGGAGAUUGGGAUCAACGCUUACGGCCACCGACACAAACUCAUCAAGGGAGUGGAGAGGCUGUUGGGGGGACAACAAGGUCAGGACAUUCCCAGAGAAAUCUCUGAGGAGCUAGAAAUCUCUGUGGAGCUGAUGUGGUGGUUCCCAUUUAUUGCUGCGUCAAAUACUUCCCAGACUAUUCCUCCUAUUCCUGGAAUGAAGAUUCUCUAUUGAAAGUUGUUUUUAGUUCAAGAUUAGGCCAAAUGUGUCCAGUAUACUUGCCCUUAAAGUAUAGGUGGGAAACCACCCCAAUAUGAAACCACGUAUGAGUGCUUUGUUUGUUCUCCAGGUGCCAACCCGUAUCUGACAUUCCACUGUGCCAACCAGGGCACGGUCCUCAUCGACCUAGCCCCUGACGACAAGGAGGGCCAAUCAGUGGAGGAGGAGGUGGGUACAGAUAUAUACUACCGUUCAAAAGUUUGGGGUCACUUAGAAAUGUCCUUGUUUUCGAAAGAAAAGCAAUUUUGGUGUCCAUUAAAAUAACAUCAAAUUGAUCAGAAAUACAGUGUAGACAUUGUUAAUGUUGUAAAUGGCUAUUGUAGUGGGAAAUCUACAUAGGCGUACAGAGGCCCAUUAUCAGCAACCAUCAGUCCUGUGUUCCAAUGGCACGUUGUGUUUGCUAAUCCAAGUUUAUCAUUUUAAAAGGCUAAUUGAUCAUUAGAAAACCCUUUUGCAAUUAUGUUAGCACAGCUGAAAACUGUUGUGCUGAUUUAAAGAAGCAAUAAAAUUGGCCUUCUUGAGACUAGUUGAGUAUCUGGAGCAUCAGCAAUUGUGGGUUCGAUUACAGGCUCAAAAUGUCCAGAAACAAAGAACUUGCUUCUGAAACUCGUCAGUCUAUUCUUGUUCUGAGAAAUGAAGGCUAUUCCAUGUGAGAAAUUGCCAAGAAACUGAAGAUCUCGUACAACGCUGUGUACUACUCCCUUCACAGAACAGCGCAAACUGGCUCUAACCAGAAUAGAAAGAGGAGUGGGAGGCCCCAGUGCACAACUGAGCAAGAGGACAAAUACAUUAGAGUGUCUAGUUUGAGAAACAGGCGCCUCACAGGUCCUUAACUGGCAGCUUCAUUAAAUAGUACCCGCAAAACACCAGUCUCAAGGUCAACAGUGAAGAGGCGACUCCGGGAUGCUGACCUUCUAGGCAGAUUUGCAAAGAAAAAGCCGUAUCAGACUGGCCAAUAAAAAUAAAAGAUUUAAGAUGGGCAAAAGAACACAGACACUAGACAUAGGAAGAUUGGAAAAAAGUGUUAUGGACAGACAAAUUGAAGUUUGAGGUGUUCGGAUCACAAAGAAGAACAUUUGUGAGACUCAAACCAAAUGAAAAGAUGCUGGAGGAGUGCUUGAUGCCAUCUGUCAAGCAUGGUGGAGGCAAUGUGAUGGUCUGGGGGUGCUUUGGUGGUGGUAAAGUGGGAGAUUUGUACAGGGUUGAAAGGGAUCUUGAAGAAGGAAGGCUUUCACUCCAUUUUGCAACGCCAUGCCAUACCCUGUGGACGGUGCUUGAUUGGAGCCAAUUUCCUCCUACAACAGGACAAUGACCCAAAGCACAGCUCCAAACUAUGCAAUAACUAUUUAGGGAAGAAGCAGUCAGCUGGAAUUCUGUCUGUGCUGGCCACGCCAUUAUAGUCACUGGAUCUCAACCCUAUUGUGCUGUUGUGGGAGCAGCUUGACCGUAUGGUACGUAAGAAGUGCCCAUCAAGCCAAUCCAACUUGUGGGAGGUGCUUCAGGAAGCAUGGGGUGAAAUCUCUUCAGAUUACCUCAACAAAUUGACAACUAGAAUGCCAAAGGUCUGCAAGGCUAUAAUUGCUGCAAAUGGAGGAUUCUUUGACGAAAGCAAAGUUUGAAGGACACAAUUAUUAUUUCAAUUAAUCAUUAUUUCUAACCUUGUCAAUGACUACAUUUCCUAUUCAUUUUGCGAUAUUUCCUAUUCAAACUCAUUUCAUGUAUGUUUUCAUGGAAAACAAGGACAUUUCUAAGUGACCCCAAACAUUUGAACGGUAGUGUACAUAUACAUACAUACAUACAUACAUACAUACAUACAUACAUACAUACAUACAUACAUACAUACAUACAUACAUACAUACAUACAUACAUACAUACAUACAUACAUACAUACAUACAUACAUACAUACAUACAUACAUACAUACAUACAUACAUACAGGACCAGUCAAAAGUUUGGACACACCUACUCAUUCAAGGGGUUUUCUUUACUAUUUUCUACAUUGUAUAAUAAUAAUGAAGACAUCAAAACUUUGAAAUAACACAUUGAGUCAUGUAGGAACCAAAAAAGUGUUAAACAAAUCAACAUAUAUUUUACAUUUGAGAUUCUUCAAAUAGCCACCCUUUGCAUUGAUGGCAGUUUUGCACACGCUUGGCAUUCUCUCAACCAGCUUCAUGAGGAAUGCUUUUCCAACAGUCUUGAAGGAGUUCCCACAUAUGCUGAGCACUUGUUGGCUGCUUUUCCUUCACAGUUUUGCCCCAAAACAUUUACAGCAAGGACAUAUUGACAUAUUUUUAUAAAAUGUUUUAUUUAUUUUACUAUUUCAUGCUGAAACCCUCAUAUUAAAAAACAAUGGUAUUCAUUAAGUUGGAUGGUUUAUAUUUAGGAUGUUUUACAGCUUUGUCAUUAUUAUUAUUAUUAUUAUUAUUAUUAUUAUCGAAGGUGUUUUUUAAAUAUAUUUUAUAUAGGGGGCCAGAGAAAAGACUCCUCUGACAAUCUGAAGUACCCAGAAACGCCACUAGAUGUCAUCUUUUUUUAUAUUCCUUGAUAGUUACCAAAAUUCUGAUAGUUUCUAGUAAUAUACCCUCCCUUUGCAACCCUACUCAAGGGUGAAAGAAUGCCAUGUUUGGAGAAAUGUAAUGAAAUCCUGUGAUUUUUAGACAUGUAUUUUUCUUCUCUCUGCUCCAGAUGCAAAGUACCAUCAGAGAACACAGAGAUGGAGGUAACGCAGGAGGGGUGUUCAGCAGAUACAAUAUCAUCAAGGUCAGCUUUACAUGACAUUACUACACACUAUACUAUCUACAUUUGCUCAUAUGAUGGAGCUCAUUGAGCUAGAAAUACACACUUUACACACAAUCUUUACUUUAGGACUACCCUCGAGCACAGUUAUUGGUUGGUAAGAAUGCACUAUGGUUUCAGGAACUCAGGUUAGCAAUCCCAUCUUCUGAAAAGGAAGGAAGAUUAGAAGUCAUCAGUUUUUCCUAGCCAUCGUGCUUCUGCAUUGCUUGCUGUUUGGGGUUUUAGGCUGGGUUUCUGUAUAGCACUUUGUGACAUCUGCUGAUGUAAAAAGGGCUUUAGAAAUAUAUUUGAUCAGUAUUGCUGCUCUAGUUGAUUCCUGUCUGUGUGUCCAUGCAGAUUCAGAAGGUGGUCAACAAGAAGCUGCGGGAGCGAUACACACACCGCCAGAAGGAGAUCUCGGACGAGAACCACAACCACCACAAUGAGCGCAUGCUCUUCCAUGGUAACAAGACAUAUUCCGUAUUCAUAUUACAACCUGUGUGUUUUUUACCACGCUUCUUGUUAUUUCUGAAUGGCAAUGAUGUCUUAACUGAUCAUCACUGGAUAAAUGUUAACCCUGUUAAUUAUUAUUUAUUGUUUUUAAUCGUAUUUGACGUUGUUCUUGUUUCAUGUCUUUUGGUUCUCCAGGUUCUCCGUUCAUAAAUGCCAUCAUCCACAAAGGCUUUGACGAGCGGCAUGCGUACAUCGGAGGAAUGUUUGGAGCAGGGAUCUACUUUGCUGAGAACUCCUCUAAGAGUAACCAGUAUGUUUAUGGCAUUGGGGGCGGCACCGGAUGCCCCACUCACAAAGACCGCUCCUGUUACCUGUGCCACAGGUGAGACAUGAUCUAUAGAAAUAACAAAUAUUUAGGUGCAUUAAGGCUUUACUACUCAAACUCAUGAAAAGAGAGCACUUGAUGACUCGUGAGCAUUCCAUACCACUGUUGCCAAACUAGUGCCCUUCAAUCAAUUAAUCAAUCAAUUACAGCCUUCAUCAGAGCUUUGAUAAUUGUGAAACAUCAUUAGUGAAACAUCAUUUGACGCCUCUUCUCCCUGUUAUCUAUGACCUCCAGGCAGAUGUUAUUCUGCCGUGUAACCCUGGGGAAGUCCUUCCUCCAGUUCAGUGCCAUGAAGAUGGCCCACGCCCCCCCUGGACACCACUCUGUGAUUGGCCGGCCCAGCGUCAACGGCCUGGCCUACGCAGAAUACGUAAUCUACAGAGGAGAGCAGGUGAGACCUUAACUCCAUUCAACUUUAUUUAUCCCCAAAGGCAAGUCCAGACAUUAGGGACACAGAUUAAGCCUAGACCUGGACUAAAAAGCAUACACAAUGGAAAAUAAUUUGUACUCCAGUACUUAUUACACUGAACACAAAUAUAAACACAACAUGUAAAGUGUUGGACCCAUGUUUCAUGAGCUGAAAUAAAAGAUCCCAGAAAUGUUCCAUAUACACAAAAAGGUAUUACUCAAAUUGUGCACAAAUGCGUUUACAUCCCUGUUAGUGAGCAUUUCUCCUUUGCCUAGAUAAUCCAUCCACUUGACAGGUGUGGCAUAUCAAGGAGCUGAUUAAACGGCAUGAUCAAUGCACAGGUGCAUCUUGUGCUGGGGACUAUAAGGCCUCCUGUAGCUCAGUUGGUAGAGCAUGGCGCUUGCAACGCCAGGGUUGUGGGUUCGAUUCCCACGGGGGGCCAGUAUGAAAAAUGUAUGCACGCACUAACUGUAAGUCGCUCUGGAUAAGAGCGUCUGCUAAAUGACUAAAAUGUAUAAAAGGUCACUACAAUGUUCAGUUGUCACACAACACAAUACCACAGAUGUCUCAAGUUGAGGGAGCGUGCAAUUGGCAUGCUUACUGAAGUAAUGUCCACCAGAGUUGUUGCCAGAGAAUUGAAUGUUCGUUUCUCUACCAUAAGCCGCCUCCAAAGUUGUUUUAAAGAAUUUGGCAGUAUGUCCAACCGGCCUCACAACCGCAGACCACGUGUAACCACGCCAGCUCAGGACCUCCACAUCCGGCUUCUUCACCUGCGGGAUCGUCUGAGACCAGCCACCCGGACAGCUGAUGAAACUAUGGGUUUGCCCAACUGAAGAAUUUCUUCACAAACUGUCAGAAACUGUCUCAGAGAGGCUCAUCUGCGUGCGUGUCGUCCUCACCAGAGUCUUGACCUGACUGCAGUUCGGCGUUGUAACCGACUUCGGUGGGCAAAUGCUUACCUUGAAUGCUCACUGGCACCCUAGAGAAGUGUGCUCUUCGGAUGAAUCCCGGUUUCAACUGUACCGGGCAGAUGGCAGACGGCGUGUGUGGCGUUGUGUUGUUAAGCGGUUUGCUGAUGUCAAUGUUGUGAACAGAGUGCCCCAUGGUGGCGGUGGGGUUAUGGUAUGUGCAGGCAUAAGCUACGGACAACGAACACAAUUGCAUUUUAUUGAUGGCAAUUUGAAUGCACAGAGAUACCGUGACGAGAUCCUGAGACCUGUUGUCGUGCCAUUCAGCCACCGCCAUCACCUCAUCUUUCAGCAUGAUAAUGCACAGCCCCAUGUCGCAAGGAUCUGUACACAAUUCCUGGAAGCUGAAAAUAUCCCAGUUCUUCCAUGACCUGCAUACUCACCAGACAUGUCACCCAUUGAGCAUGUUUCGGAUACUUUGGAUUGACGUGUACAACAGAAUGUAAGACGACAUGUUCCAGCCAAUAUCCAGGAACUUUGCACAGCCAUUGAAGAGUGGGUCAACGUUCCACAGACCACAAUCAACAGCCUGAUCAACUCUAUGUGAAGGAAAUGUGUCGCGCUGCAGGAGGCAAAUGGUGGUCACAUCUGAUACUGACUGGUUUUCUGAUCCACGCAUCUGUGACCAACAGAGGCAUAUCUGUAUUCCCAGUUGUGAAAUCCAUAGAUUAGGGCCUAAUUUAUUUAUUUAAAUUGACUGAUUUCCUUAUAUGAACUGUAACUCAGUAAAAUCUUUAAUUGUUGUGUUUAAUAUUAGUUUCAGUGUAUUUGAUCUUCUCAUUGACUUCUAUCCCAUGUGUGUUUUGCAGGCCUACCCAGAGUAUCUCAUCACCUAUCAGAUCCUUAAGCCGGAGAGCACAGCCGCGUCUGCUGCAGGAGCGGAGCAGAAGUCC